CGACAGGCCCGGCACCCACUAGCUGGCUCGAAAUAGACUUUAGUAAUAUCAAAUGCCUCCGACCGAUGGCAGAAAAGCAACUUCACCAGAUCUUCCCGCACUACUUCUAUAAACUCAAAUUGGAAAAAAUGAAGCUCAUCUUACCUUCCUGUCAAAGGAUCUGAAGAAAUCACUACUGCAAAAUGGAAGGCCUUAGUUUCUAUGUUGGAGUCAUAGGCAACAUCAUCUCUGUUCUAGUUUUCCUUUCUCCCUUAGGAACCUUUCUGAGAAUAGUGAAGAACAGAUCUACAGAAGAGUUUGAGAGCCUUCCUUAUGUCUGUACUUUGCUCAACUCUGCUCUUUGGACUUACUAUGGCAUCAUCAAGCCCGGUAGUUAUCUGGUUGCCACUGUAAAUGGUUUUGGUGUUCUGGUGGAAGCCAUAUAUGUUGUUCUAUUCCUUAUAUUUGCUCCUGCAAAGAUGAAGGCAAAGACAGGGAUUCUUCUGGUAACAUUGGAUGGUGGGUUUCUGGCAGCAGUAAUUCUGGGAACCCAUUUCGCAAUGCAUGGAGAUCUGAGGAUUGAUGUACUGGGAUUCAUAUGUGCUGGGUUAAACAUAGUUAUGUAUGGUUCACCUCUUGCAGCCAUGAAAACAGUGGUGACGAAGAAGAGUGUGGAGUACAUGCCUUUCUUUCUAUCGUUCUUCCUGUUCUUGAACGGAGGGAUUUGGGCCUUUUAUGCUUUCCUUGUUGGAGAUUACUUCCUUGGAGUACCAAACGGGAUAGGAUUUUUACUUGGAACAGUACAGCUAGUGCUCUACGCAAUCUACAGAAUUCCCAGAGCUUCUUGGAAGAAGAACAUAUUAGAAGGGAUGGAGGAAGAAGGGUUAAUACGGCAUCAACACCACCAACAUCUUAUUUCCCCUUCGGAUCGGAUCGAGUAACCCUGACUUUUUUUAAAGAUGGAAGAGUAAAUAGAAGCAUCCAUUGAUCAAGCCAACCAUGGUGACCAAAUCUGGAGUUGCUGAUCGUGAACACCUAUUACUACAUUCAUUCCCAUGGAUUUUUUUAUGAAUUAUUCUUCCCUAUUUAAUUUUGUUGUUCCUAAGUUGACAUUUGUGUGAUUGUAUUGAUCUUAACUGUAACUGGUGUGAAAAUCGUCUGCAGCCGCUACACCAGUGAGCAUCGGGUGGCUGGGAAUUAGGGUGGGAAUGAGCCAGGUUGAGCUAGGUUUUUUAAAACUCAAGCCCAACCCUAAGGUCUCUUAGCUCAACCCAAGCCCAGCCCAACCCUAUGUCGGGUUGGGAUAUCUUGGCCCAAGCACUACCUUAUUGGGGUUAGCCCAACCCUGCCCAGCCCUGGUGGAUCCUGAUUGGGAUCGGUUUAUCCCAAACUAAUAAUAUUUGUUACAUGAUUGCUUGAUCUUGA